AAAACGGAGGUAGGGGGUGGCUGCGUGUUUCCGGAAGACGUGGCGGCUAUUGCCUGGGCAGUUUCCCGGCUUCUUUUCUCCCGACUCAGCUUUCCCACCCUGGGCGUUCGGAGGUGCUGCCGCCGCUGUUCCCACCACUGCAGCCAUGAUCUCCUUAACGGACACCCAGAAAAUUGGAAUGGGAUUAACAGGAUUUGGAGUGUUUUUCCUGUUCUUUGGAAUGAUUCUCUUUUUUGACAAAGCACUACUGGCUAUUGGAAAUGUCUUAUUUGUGGCUGGCUUGGCUUUUGUAAUUGGUUUAGAAAGAACAUUCAGAUUCUUCUUUCAAAAACAUAAAAUGAAAGCUACAGGAUUUUUCCUGGGUGGUGUAUUUGUAGUCCUUAUUGGUUGGCCUUUGAUAGGCAUGAUCUUCGAAAUUUAUGGAUUUUUUCUCUUGUUCAGGGGCUUCUUUCCUGUGGUUGUUGGCUUUAUUAGAAGAGUACCAAUCCUUGGAUCCCUCUUAAACUUACCUGGAAUUAGAUCAACUACAUAGGCCCCAGAAGAGAUCCACAGUAAUGUUUGUAGAUAAAGUUGGAGAAAGCAACAAUAUGGUAUAACAACAAGUGAAUUUGAAGACUCAUUUAAAAUAUUGUAUUUAUAAAGUCAUUUGAAGAAUAUUCAGCACAAAAUUAAAUUACACGAAAUAGCUUGUAAUGUUCUUUACAGAAGUUUAAAACGUAUAGGCUACAAAGUACCAGCAGCAAUUAGCAAAGAAGCAAUGAAAACAGGCUUCCAGUCAAGAGAUCUAAGAAGUCACCAAGCAAACUAAGGGAGAUGAAAUCCAUGUUACAAUGCAUAUUGAAACUCUUGAAGACUAUUUGUAUUGCUUUUCCACAAUUUGCAAAACACAGCCAUCCUUAGAGAACUGUGGUGCCUGCUUCUUUUCUGUUUAUGUUGAAGGCUCAGGAGUACCCAUAGGCAUUUGCUUUUUAGAAAUAUCCACUGUAGUGACAAAAAUAUUUCCAGUUGCACCGUGUCUCUGAAAGUGAUGCAUGACUUAGAUUAGAUUAUGUCAUUUUGAUAUAUUAAAAGGAAGGAAAACACAGUUUUGAUGUAUGAAUCACUUUUUAUUUGUAAACCUGGUUGAAAUGUUUGUGAUUCUUUUGAAUCUUAAUAUUUUAAAGCCAGAUGAAAAUUGAACUAGGUAUUCUUUGUUGGAAUAUGUAAAGGUAAUUUUUACUAACUCUUAGUUCCUAAAUUAUAACUGACUACGUUUGGUCAACAACACACUCUGGAAAUACUCAUACUUCUUGGGAGUCUGCCCUUCUAAGUAUAUGUAUCAUUCAUUACAUGUAAGCAUUUAUCAAAAAGCAUUCUUGACCAUGAAGUAGUUGGUUUCAUAACAUGUCUCAUUAAAUAGUGUUUUAUUUAAGAUAGUAAAUGAUGUGAACCAAAUGGAUUUUUCCAUAUCAUGAUGUAAUUUUUUUCUUUUUUUUUUCUCAGAUAUAGCAGUGGUUUAUUAUUUUGUUUUCAUAAAGUAAAAUAACUUGGUAAUGUAUAAGACAUGUUAAAAGGUUAAACUUAUGACUCUUUUUAAAGGGCUAUUCAUUUAAUGAGUUUUUCCUUAUUUUCAACUUUUUCCUAACAUACAAAAAUCAUUAUAUAUAACGUGUAUUUCAUAUGAUCACUCUUAAUCUUGAGUAAAUCAAGAAAAUACCUGAGUUUACUUGCUAAAGUUAUUUUAAUGUAAUUAAACUAGCUAUAGUUUCUUAAAAACAUAACACUAAAAAGAUAAUUUUUUUCUACCAUUGCUGAUUGACAAACAGUAGGAAAUAGCAGUUGUUUCUUCUUUAAUUUUCCAAGAUAUGGCAGCUUUUAUGAUAGAUAUAGGAACACAUGUCAACAGCUACAGUACUAUUUGUUUUACCACUAAUCAUUGCACUGUUUACUUUUUUUAAACAGUUGCAAAGCUUUUUAAUGCAUGAAAUUAUAAUCAAAAUUUGUAGUAUUUAUUUACAAACAUGUCUACAAAAAUAUGUUACAACUUAUUUUAUUUUUAGUUAAAUCUCCUUAUGCACAGAGCACUCCCAAUCUUGUUCAUCUAAAGAAGGAAAGACUUGGUAUAUAGUGUAAUGGUUCAGUCUUGUGGAUUACUGACUUUUUUGGUACUUGCAUUUGACUAAUGAUCUAAUCUGUGAAAAUGUGACAAUAUUGACAAAUGGAGACGCCUACCUCAAUAGUUCAUGGAAUAAUAAAAGCCUAGUAUUGUGUCAUGUUCUUCAAAAAAGUAAUAUCCUCACUUGGAGAGUGUCAAAUAUAUAUACUUUGAGGAUCAACUUAUAUAAGGUGCCCUGUAGAAUUCUGUUACACAUAUUUUUGACUGACCCCUAUUAUUUUUAGUGGUUGGAUAAUUCUGUCUUUUUAGAGCAAAAUGGUAUCUGUUAAUGUAAGGAACAUAUGUAUUAUUUAUCUCCUUUGUAAACAUGAAUUUCUAUUGAAAUGUUCUUUGCACUAUAACAGAGAUCCCUUUUCAACAAUCUUAUUUCAGAAAGCAUUAUUAGAAUUGAAAGAAUUUGAUAAUCUACCAAUCCUUAGUAAGAUUGAGAGGCUGGAGCAGUUUUCAGUUUAAGUCUGUAGUUAAUAUCAAAUGUGAGUUUGGGACUACUUGGCAGCAUUGUAUAUUUCUUAUUCAGGACCCUUGAUGGCUCUAUUUUUAAACAUAUUAAUCUGAUAGAAGCACUAUAUAGCCUAUUGUUUCUUCAUAUCCAAAAUCAGCCCUCUGUCUUUGUGAUAAAAUGUACUUUGAUAAUUUCUCUACAGAUGGAGGAAGAGGUCUAAUACUAUGUAGCCUUAAGUGUUUCUGUCAUUGUUCAAGUGUAUUUUCUGCAACAGAAACAAAUUUGGAGUGUUUUUAUUUUCCCCUUAUAAACUGUAAUUCCUGGAAAACUGCUGCUUUAAAAAGUCUCACUUUCAGAUUAUAUUAUCCAACAAUUGAAUAUUGUAAAUACACUUGUCUUACCUCUCAAUAAAAGGGUACUUUUCUAUUAA